CCGGGCCGGGUCCCGGCGGAGCGGCCGGGGGGAGGCGGCGGGGGCCGCUGGGUCCGCCUCAACGUCGGCGGCACCUACUUCGUCACCACCCGGCAGACGCUGGGCCGCGAGCCCAAGUCCUUCCUCUGCCGCCUCUGCUGCCAGGAGGACCCCGACCUCGACUCCGACAAGGACGAGACCGGAGCCUAUUUGAUCGACCGAGACCCCACCUACUUUGGCCCUAUCCUGAACUACCUCCGCCACGGGAAACUCAUCAUUAACAAGGAGCUGGCGGAAGAAGGCGUGCUGGAAGAAGCCGAGUUCUACAACAUCGCGUCCCUCGUGCGGCUCGUCAAGGAGAGGAUACGCGACAACGAGAACAGAACCUCCCAAGGCCCCGUGAAACACGUGUACCGAGUCCUGCAGUGUCAAGAGGAGGAGCUGACCCAGAUGGUGUCCACCAUGUCUGACGGCUGGAAGUUCGAACAGUUGAUCGGCAUCGGCUCGUCGUACAACUACGGCAGCGAGGACCAGGCGGAGUUCCUGUGCGUGGUGUCCAGGGAGCUGAACAACUCGACCAACGGCAUCGUGAUAGAGCCCAGCGAGAAGGCCAAGAUCCUCCAGGAACGAGGGUCCCGGAUGUGAGCCUUAGCCCGAGGCCAGCGCAGAUGCUGCUGCUCGGCCCGGCCCCUCUCCACGGCCCGGACUCGCUCUCGGACAGUGACCUAGCGGACGCAGAGCCGGCCCGCCCCGCCCUGUCCCACCCCGCCGAGAGCCGUUCUGGGCGAAGCCAAAGGACCCCCCGCUCCUCCCCUCCCCCGGCACAGGAGCCAAGGGCGACAGAGUUGGCCAGCUGCGGGGCCGAGCCCCACGAGAGCCUGGAUUGGGGCUGGGGCCCAGCCCGGGGAGUGGGAGGGGGAUGGGCGAUUUGUGCCUGGUGGCGCUACGUGCUCACACCCGGGGUGGCCCCACCCGGAGCUCGUGCCACUCUUCCCCGACCUCUUCCUCCUGUGUCUCGGCUCCCCCGCGCCCCCCACCCCGAGGUUCGGCAGGAGCAGCGGAGGCCGGAGACGCCACGUGGAAAACCAGAACUCUCUUCUCUUUCUUUUCUAAAUUAUUUUGACCUGGAAA